CCUUUUUCCCCAACAUCAUCUCUGUCCCUGCUUCAGAGGCCUUUACCAUACCCUCCACUCUGCCCACCUAGCUCUCUGUUCCUGUGCUCUUGUUUCUCCUCACUCUGCGCCCCCAAGCUCCUUCCACCUCCGCGCGGCUCCCUUUCCUCUCCAGGUGCGCACCCCUCUCUGCGGCGCUCCGCUGUGCGCCUGCGCUUUGCACCGCCUGAGCCGGGAGGGCAGAGUUGGAGGAACUUCGGCGCUGCGAGUGCGGUUUGCACACGAUCCGGGCUCGGGGGUCGACGCCCGCGCCGGACUGGGACAAGUGGCUGCGCUCGCCCACACCGCAGCCCUCCUGCCCGCGAUGGGCUGCUCCAGCAGCGCCCUCAACAAGGCCGGCGACAGCAGCAGGCCCCGCAGCGAAGAAAGUGAGUCCUGCUUUGCGCAGCCAAAACCAUGCACACUGGGAAGAGAGUCUACUUUUUAUGGCAAGGUACAAGAGGAAUGCCUUCCUCCAUUAGAAAAGCUCAAGAUUUCAGCAGUGUCUACAGCUAAUGGUGUUAAAUCCCUCCCUGAAGAGGCCCUGGCAAAGGAUGCUGUAGACCAACCAGGAUCCACGGAAAAGACGCAGCCUCUAGAGGGAUCUAAGGAGUCUGGGCCACCUCAGCCAGGUCGCAAAGAUGAUACUUCAGGAGCAGGAGAAAAGAAGAAAAACAUGGAAGCAGUGACAGAGGUUCAACCUUUAAAAGGAAAUGCUGAGACUGAACCUUUAGGAACAGAAGCCAGUUGUCAGCUUUUGAGGACAGCAGGAGAGAGGGACUCUCCUGGAGCAAUGCGAGGUACUGAGAUUCCGCAGACUGCCAGAGAGAUGACACCUCUAGGAACAGCUGAGAAAACUCCACCUCUGGAAGCACUGAGAGAGCCACAACCUCAAGAAGCAAUGAGAAAGGAUGAACAGUCUCAACUCCCAGAAACAGUUCCCAAGGAGACUGAAUCUCCAGAAAUAUUGGACAGAAGUCAGCUUGUGGAAACAGCUGAAGAGCAGCAACUUCAAGAAACAUUGGGAAAAGAUGAGCAGUCCCAACUUCUAGAAGCAAUUCCCACAGAGAAUGAAUGUCCAGAAGUAUUGGACAGAAGUCAGCUUGUCGAAACAGUUGUAAAUAAUGAUUCACUCCAUAAAACUUGUGAAGGUUCAGGAAACACGGAGCAGAUUCAACCUGAAGAAAUUGUUGGAAACAUGGAGCGUUCAGCAGGAAUUCUAGAAACAGGGACAAAUGUGGAAAUGGUCAGGAAAAUUCACACUAAUGAAGAGGACCAACACAUUGAAGGUGAGACAGGAGAAAAGGUUGAAACAGAGAUGGAGAAUGAGAAAGUAGGUGAGGGGGCUGAAACAAAAGAAGAAGAAACAGGAGAAGCUGUGGAUCUCUCAGCAACCACAUAGAUAGGUAUGGUGAUGGAAGGGUGGACGGACGCAGUUGUUAUAAUAGAGAAGACAGAAAAAUGGUCGUGAAGCUGUGUUUACAGAUCUCAUCUCUCAACAUCUACGUGUGUUAUACAAGGAGUGUGGUUAUCAUGUUCUUGAUUACAUUGUUCCAUAAAACUGCUAAGCUGUAAGCAGUUUUCUUAGCUACUUAGAAUAGUUACACGUUUACAACUAUAAUAGCCAGAGCCAAUAACAACUGGGGUAUAUGAUCAUUUAAGAGGGUGAGGGCGUUCUCUUCAUUGUGGCAGUGGGGUCAUUCAGAAUAGAAAAUGAGACCUUUAAAAAGAAAGUAUAAACCAUUAGAUAUAGGUGGCUGGAGAAGGGAGUUAGGAAAUUUUGGGGAGCUCAUGAUAAUAAAGUCACACAGUUAUAAUUACCAUGGAAUAAGAAUGAACAACAGCACUGGGGCAAAUUAUACCUAGUAUUUCUUUCUGUCACAGAAUUUAAAGCUGGUAGAAACCUUGGAAAGCAUGUCAUCUAAUUACCUUCUCACCUUAAGUCUAUCUACUACCGUAGAUCUUUAUUUAUCAUGUAGGUUAAAUAUGUUAACAAAAUCCUUUUCAAAGGAAUGCAAACUCUGGUGCUGUUGCAACAUUAGGCAUUUUCACAAUGAAAGGCUACACAUUUUCCAUGUGACGUUUUGAGUCAGCUGUUGAUUUUACACUUAUGUGAGGUGUUUCCAUUGGUGUUAUCCUUUGGACUGACAUUAAAGGUAUUUGAAAUUAAUUGACUUCUAAAUGUAUUUCAGAGGCAACAAACAGCAAGAAUUAAAACCUAGAUUUGUUGCCUAUGUAGAGUCUAUUCUUGGGCCCUAUUCUUUUUUAGAUUACUGUGAUUUAACAUGAGGCUUUAGAGGUGGAAAGGAGCUAAAAAAAUCAAGAUUUAAAAACCAUUUAUAAUAUCUCAUUCAUGUUAAAAUGAUGCAUCACAGAAAGUCACUUUUCAAGAAUUCUUCCAAAGUUGCCAAGGGAUUUUGGUAAAUGAUUAUAUGUAAAUAAUAGUAAUGAUAGCAAUCUUGCCUACCAUUGAAUGCUUUGUGUUUAUGAAUAUCAGGAUAGAAUUAUAUUUUGGAAACAUUUGGUUUCUUUAUCUUAUUUGUAAAUAUAUAUUUUGAAGAUAACUGCUCAGAUGAAUUAACUAGACUCCUUUACUUUCGCUUCUAUAUUAAAAUGACCACUAAGAUGACCUGUAAUUAAUUUCAAGUAUAUAAGAUACAGGGAAGAAUUAUCAUCUUUAUUCUGAUUUUAAUAUUAGUUUAUGUUUCUGACUGUAAAGAGUUGAGGUAGACAAGAGGAGUUUACAGAUGACAUCAUCCUUUCUGCAGAGUGAAGAAGCUGGAUUGUGAUUCUAUUGAGAGCAAAGACUGUUUUAUGUAUCUUUGAAUUCAGGCAUUUAGCUCCUUUAAUAGAACAUGAUAGGUGCUUGAUAAAUAUUUGUUGAAUCAAUAAAUGCAUAAUAAAUACCAAAUCUUCCCAUUUACAUUUAAUUCAUUAAAAAAGAAUACAUUUAAAAUGUGAAUUUGUGUAACACUAACAUUUUCCUGCCCAGGCUGCUCAAUCUCAGCAACAAGCUAUAUAUUUUGUAGUUCCAAAAACAGCAGUAUUUUUAGGUCAGAAAGUUACAUAAGUCAGAACUGAUGUAACUUAUCGUUCAAGCUACAUUUUGUAACACAAAGGCGUCUUUCCUGACCAAAAGGUAUUUUUAUACAGAUAUCUAGAAAGUAGGAAAUGUCAGGGCUUCCUGUAAAAUAUGAAGGAUCACCUUAAAAACUAUAAUUGUAUUUUGUAUCAAGCAGGGAAACAGUAGGAUUCAUUUAAUUAAUAGGCACAAAGGUCCAUUCUCUGUUGUGUGGAUUGUCUUUUUAAAAAAUCUCUAACGUGUUAAAGAGAUCUAUUCAGAACUCAUUCUUGAAAGAACUGUUCCUCAAAAAGCAUUAUUAUAUAGUUGCAAUGUAAAAAUUUUCAAAUUGUUUAUAAUCUCAUUAUUUUCCAUUAAUGACUAAAAUAAUUUAUUCUCAGAAAAUUUUGGAAAUUUGUACUAAUUUCUGGUACUUUCUAUACUUUCAGAAAAUACAACAGCUUGUUAGAGAUUACAAGCAUCUCGUUUUUAUUAAGAUAAUUUGGUGACCCAAUUCUGUAUCUUUUCACAAAUGCCAGCAGCGUGAACAUCAUAAAGCCAUUCACGUAGCCCACACAUGUCUGUAAGAAUACCCUCUACUCCUCUUCUUUCUCUCCCACACCAAAUAGCGAGGCAUGACUGUAUCUGAAAAGUUGAAAGCAUUUGCUUACGAAAUGUCAUUUAAUCUAAAACUGUGUCAGCUUCUCUCCUCCCUAGAGCUUAGAAAAAGUUAACUGAGUGUUUGGUUAUGAUCUCGAGGUUUUAAUUGCAGAAACAGAAUCAGUAUAAUUUCAGAGAGCAGCUGAGAGGUGUGGAAUUUCUCUUUUCAGUUUUUGUUACUAUCAACAAAAGUUAGGGAACUCCUUGCGUUACUAAUCUAUAUAGAGUCAAAUUGGAGGCCUGUAACUUUACUUCAGUAAUACCACUCAGCUCACGUAUUGGGCAAUAUUUGACAUAUUGUAAGGUAACAACCAUAUUAUUAUUCCUGUGCCUAAUGAAAGAAGUCUCCAGACAUCAAAGCCAGGCUUUAAUAACUUCUGAAGGUGGAAGAAGGGCCAAUCUAUGUUAUAGUAACCUAAAUUACGCUUUCCAUUUAAUAAUGUGCUGCUGACCUGCAUAAACAAGCUACUGCCAUCCACUACUGGGGACAGAAAUCUGCGAGCCUCACCAGUUUCCGGAAAAAGACUUCUGAGAACCAGUUAGGGAUACUAAUUUUGUUUUGAAAUUUGCCUCAUUUUCUUUUCUUGUGAAAUAUAGAUAGUUCUCAAAUUUCUUCUUAAUAAAAGUAACUAUAGCAAAACACCAUUCAAGCUGUCAUAUGUCUAUGGAAAAAGAAAUGCAUGUUACAUUUAAUUGAUUUAUGCGACCCUGAUUCCAAACACUUUCUAAAGAAUUAUUCAAUGACAAGAGAAGAGGCUUCCCAUGGCAGCUGUACUGUUGUAGAGGGGCUCUGGGCUGAGGAGGAAGUUUCAGCCCCAGCACCUCAUUAGGAUGUCAUAAGGUCCUAAGAAGAUUUUUCCAAUGCUCAUCACACUCAGAGCAGUUCAGUGCAAGGACCAACUAAUAGUUGAUUUCAACUAGUGGUUACUUAGUGGAUCAGUGUGGAUUUGCUUCAAGUUUUCUAGAUAUCGGAGUUUUGUUAGAAAGUUUUUUUGGUAAAAAUAACACUGCUUUUGUCUAAGUACUUGAAUGUUACAGUGACUUUUUAGGUAAUAAUUACAAGGAUUCCUUUAUUAUUAAAAUAAUUUUUUUAGUAUAAAAUGAAUAUAUAUUCAUUGUAGAAACUUCAGAAAAUAUAAAUUUUAAAAGAUGAAAUCUAAAUAUUACCCAUAAUUCAUUCAGUCAAAAAUCAUGUUGAUGUAUAGGAGAGAUUAUUAUUAUUA